ACUAAAGACAUUUUCCAAACGGCCAAACCCGAAAGGAAUAUGGUUUCAAAAUUUCUUCUCUCUCCUUAUUUUAUGUUUGCGUUUUCCAUUUUGCACUCAUCAUUACCGUAAACUCUUUGCACGCUCCGAUUCUCACGCACAAAACAUCCAUCGAGAGAGAAACGCUGAUUCCACAAGCCACCCUCCGAAUUGGCAGAGAAUAGAAAAGUGGUAGAAAAUACAGAGAAGGAAAGAAGGCUCAAUCAAGGAAGAGACAGAAGAGAGGGAAAAUUCAAUUCAAUUCAAUUAAAUCAAAGAAAGAGAAAUUGGUGGAGAGAGUGAGAGUGAAAGAGUUUCCCAUAUGUAAUGCAUCAAAAGAAAUCAGAGGUUCAGAUCGGAAAAGAAAGCAUAGGCGUCUCUUCCGAUUUCAAUCCAACACCGCCACUUCAAUACCAAUCAUCAAUUCACCAAAAGAACGCACAUCAUCGCCACCAAUUCUAUCCCCAAAUAGAAAUAGACAUAUCCCCGCCCCAACCGCACCAACAUCAGAAACAACGAACCCAAAAGCAACACCAACCGCCACUCUUCAAGUCCCACAACGCCGCCUUCUUCUCCGUCACCGUCGCCGCAAAAAGCGCUGCCUUCCGCGCUCUACGGCGCCUGAAGCGACAACGCGCGCUCUUGUUGCUGUCUCUUCCGUUCCUCUAUUUCUACUUCCUCGUCUCUCGAUCGUUCCUCUUAGACCUUCUCUCCGCGGUGGCUUUCUCCGCCGCGCUUCUCUUUUCUCUGAACCUCGCGCUUCCCUUGCCGCUGCCUUCAAUUCGGCUCAAACCUCGCUCCGCCGUGGUCGGACGGCCGUCGGCGCCGCUGCCGGUGUUUUGGACGAUCGGUUCGCGGCCGAAGUCGGAGAAGCGCGUGGCGUCGGGGUGCUGGGUUCAAGUUUUUGGAAACGGCGACGUUUACGAGGGGGAGUUUCACAGAGGGAAGUGUUCAGGGAGUGGGGUUUACUACUAUAGCAGGAGUGGGAGGUAUGAGGGGGAUUGGGUUGAUGGCAAGUAUGAUGGAUUUGGGGUUGAGACAUGGGCCCGUGGCAGUCGUUACCGCGGGCAUUACCGGCUCGGGUUGAGGCAUGGUUUUGGGGUGUAUAGGUUUUACACUGGCGAUGUUUAUGCUGGAGAAUGGUCCAAUGGGCAGAGUCAUGGGUGCGGUGUUCACACUUGUGAGGAUGGGAGUAGGUAUGUUGGGGAGUUCAAAUGGGGUGUUAAGCAUGGCCUUGGUCAUUAUCAUUUCAGAAAUGGAGAUACAUAUGCGGGUGAAUACUUCGCAGACAAGAUGCAUGGUUUUGGGGUAUAUCAUUUUGCAAAUGGCCAUCGUUAUGAAGGAGCUUGGCAUGAAGGAAGAAGGCAAGGUCUUGGAAUGUAUACAUUUAGAAAUGGUGAAACCCAAUCUGGUCACUGGCAAAAUGGAGUCCUUGACAUUCCAAGCACACAAAACACAUCUUAUCCAGUUUCUCCUGUUGGUGUCUCUCAUUCCAAAGUACUUAAUGCGGUGCAGGAAGCAAGACGAGCAGCAGAGAAAGCCUAUGAUGUGGCCAAGGUAGAUGAAAGGGUGAACAGAGCAGUGGCAGCUGCUAAUAGAGCAGCCAAUGCAGCUAGAGUAGCUGCUGUCAAGGCUGUGCAAAAGCAAAUGCAUCAUGUUAACAAUGAAAGCUUCUCAAUUCCCGUUGUGUAAGAUGAUAAAUGCAGCUUACUGUAGAAGGGGAUGGUGGCUACAAUUGUUCAAAUAGCUUCAUGCCCAUUGCAAUCAUCUCUUUGGCGUUAUGCUUUUCUUUUGUUGAUAUUUGAUUAUUCGCACCUAGAACUUUACCACCAGGUAGCUAGCUGAAAGAAAGCAGAUUUGUUGUCUAUCUGCUACGGUCCUUGUAUAGAGGGAGGAAAGGUGAUGGCAACCUUAUGGUAAAAUUAUUUAAUGGAUAACUUUUCAUUUUGUCCCCUUUUAACACAUUUUUGUAAAUUUAUGUAGAUGUUAAUGCUGGUGUGCAGGUGAAACCUCGAACCAGCUACUGUUGUAUUAUCGCUUCGUAAAAUAAGGAGAGGAGAAACAUAUAUAAUAAAAUGUUAUUUUUUCCCCAACUGAAAUUUAUUGCUUUAGCUGACUUUGAAAUGAUAUUAUGUGAAUCUCGUUAACUGGGGAAAGAAGUUUGCCGUUAGAUGCUGAUCUUAAAAUUUGAAAGGGUACAGAUAAAUAGCUAAAUUUUUCUUAUGAAUGAUUCUCUACUUGAUUGGAAAAGUUGCAAGAUUGCCCUUAGUUGGGUUUUUGGGUUGCCUUGCAAACUUGAGUUUCCGUAACAACUGUAAUCAUUUGGACUUGUUCAAGUUGUGUAAGCCCAUUCUCUUUGGUUUGACAACUAGCUGCAGUUUGUGGUGCUCAUGCCAAACCUAUCUGUGAUCCAUUAAAAGGUUUCAUGAGCUGUCAUUGCUGCUGCCUAUGCUCAUCUUCCUUUGUAGAUCGAAUUGCAUUUUUAUGCUGAGGUUAUUUUCAUUUUCCAGAAUUAAAAAUUGAUUGUAUUUUUAG